GGCAGUGUUAACCACAGCCUGGCACCACCAGAGCUUUUUAUUGACUUUUGAACUCAUUCCUUAAGUCUUCUUUUAAGAUUUAAUUUAUUCUUAUUUUCUUAGUGUAAAUAAGGACUGCGUUACUUUUCAUUCCUCAACUCAUUUACAGGUCAUCUGUUACUUCAGUAAUCAUAGAAGCACAGAAUAACUGACUCAGUUAUUAUGGCGGACGUUAAACCUGAUAUUAAAAAUGAUGAACAACAAAAUUUUUCAGUAGGUAACAAUAGUGAUCCUAAAAAUUUACAGGAAUUAACUCAGUAUAUUCAAACCUUGCUUCAACAGACUCAGGAGAAGUUUCAAACGAUGUCUGAUCAAAUCAUCACAAGGAUAGAUGACAUGGGAAACAGAAUCGAUGACCUUGAGAAGAACAUCUCUGACCUGAUGACUCAAGCUGGUGUAGAGGGUACAGAGAAGUAAGAAAGGCCUAUAGACUUAAUCAGGUUACAUAUAUUUACCUCGGACAACUGUUAAAUUUCAACAGCUUUCAUAGCUACCGCUGUCUAAUCUAAGUCACUUUUGUAUUUAUUCAUGUAUUUACUCUAAAUGUAUUUAUAUGUUUUUGCUUAUUAUGUUUAUUGAUAAUCAAAUAAUAUUGGAACAGUAGUGUUAUAAAUAUGCUGAAUUGUGAUUACAUUUCUGUGUUGUGCUUUUUUUAAUUAUAAUUUCUUUUUCAU